UACAAAUGCAUUUUUUGUUUAAAAACGUAAAGUCUUGGAAAUUAAUUUGUUAAGCGAUAUUCGGCAGCUCACAAUUAAAUAUCUCGAACCAAUUUUUUGGUAUGUGACCGCUAUUAACAUUCCUUAUUAAGAGAUCGUAUAAAGCAAGUGGAUCCUUUUGCUUUGGCUAGAUAACGAUUACUUGCUCGAACAGUUUGUAAGCAAUGCAGAGGCCUUUGUAAUGUUUGAUAAUUCGCACAGUUGAGUGUGUUGGAAAAUUUAUAAAUAAUAGAAAAAUUCAGAACAUGAUUCAUCCAAAAAAGUUUAAAUGGCAACAACGAACAAAACGCUAAAAUGGAUCUAGUGGAUAUAGAUCAAGUUUUAGAUAAUUUGGAAUUGCGGGAGGCCGCGGACGAACAUAAAAGAACUGCUUCAGCUGCAAAUGCGCCCGAAGCAGAAAAUACGGCGGAGUCUUUAAGCAAUGCAAAUAAAGGUGAUAAUGCUGCUGCUAUUGGCAGUAUAAAUGUCACGUCUCACAAAAGCGGAUUUGUAGGUGUUUCCCAAGUAUUCAACAGUUUGGAUGACUAUCAGAAAAAUGUGGAGUCAUUAGAAUCUGCGCCAGCGCAGCGUUAUGACGAAGAAUGUCGACUCAUUUCAAAUAACAUGAAUACGGGGCAGGAAUCAGACACAACCAACAAGGAAGAAGAUACUGAUGAUGCAGUAUAUUCAGGAAACUCAAUAGCAACUUUGCAAAAAGCAACGAAUAAUGAAAUGGUUGUGAAUUCAUUUGACGCUUUCACUAAUAGUCGUACAACACUAGCCCAUAGCAAAGUUUACGAUGAAGAUGGCGAGGAUGAAGAAGAAGCAAGCGAUGACAUACAUAAAUUCACAGAAAAUUCUAAACAUUUACGGAGUAUUGGUUAUGAGGUGAACGAAGCGGCUGAUAACAGUCCUCUUUCGUCUGAUUCGUUAACAACCUCGUCGUCAUCGACUUUCUCAUCAGGUCCAUCUCCUGGAAUUGUUUCCACUACCGACGAGCAUUCUGCCCCACUGACACCUGAGGAAGUAAGCGAAGAUCGAGAUGCACUACUGCCAGUGCAUUCGAGCGUUCUGGAACCAGAUGGAGAUGAUGAAGACGAUGAUGAUGAUAAGGAGGUAGAGGGAACGAUUGAUGUAGAGUUGCAUGUAGAAGAUGAAGAUGUAGAAGAACGUGAUGUAGUGAGUGCGCCCCAAGCUGAAAGCACUGCCGGACUAGAAGAUAUAGCUGUAGGCUUAUCAUCUAUAUCAUUGACUACUGGAAAUUCACAUCUUAAUUUACCGACUGCCUCAUCAGUAUUGGAAAAUAUACUAGAAGAUUUGUCGGAAACGACGAGUAAUUCAUUGUUGAGCCAGCAGCUUGACGGGGCUCAGGAAAAUAAUCCGGUGCUUGAGGAACCACCAUCAAUCUACAAUAUGAACAAAUCGGUACCUUCAAAUGCCGUAAGUGACAACGACAUUACUGGCAAACAUAAGCAAAAGGAAAGUGUGGUUCCGGCGCUGAAACAGCAACCUAUAAAAGUGUUGCAGCAUCCCAUUACCUUCGGUUCAACUAUGGAUGAAAUCUCGGAUACGGAACUUGAUAGCAUGUUGCAGGAAAUGGACAUAGAUGAUGCUAGUGAAGUUAACGAUGCAUCUAAAUUGGAUGUUACAAACAGUUGUAUCUCACCACCUCCUCCGCUGCCAUCUACAAUAUCGGUAAAAUCAGUAGAAAAUAUCAAGACAGCCGCUUUAGCAAUUCCAAUAUUAAAUGACAACAGAAGUCACGAGUCGGAAAAUAUGGCCAGUCCAGUACUAAAAAAUGCACACGAGACAGUAGAGGGUUGUGUCGGCAAUGAUUAUCUAAAUGCAGACAGUUUUUCUCAGGCAUCUACUGUUGAGUUUUCCGAAAUACGUGCGCAUUCUAUAGGAGCAGCACAGGCCGACACCGAUAUGCCGCAAUCGUCCAAUUCUGUUGCAUCAUCGUACACUGGUUCUGAAUGUUCCUUGGAAGGUGGCGUCAUUGGGGGCGAUCGAAUAAGCGAUGAAGAGGAAUCGGCAGAUACAGAAGAGAAUUGUCGAAAAGCUUUAGCAGAAAAUGCUGACGAUGAAGGCGGCAGUACGGAUGAGGGCGCUUACAGCGAUAGCGCGGCUCAGCGACCACAACGUCCGACAUCACUUAAUUUGCCUAUAUUGCAGUCCAACUUAAAUGAAAAUGCUGGCCAAACACCGCCUGGAACGCAAUCGGUACAGAACAUAACGCUCGACAUAGAUAAUACUGUUACGAACGAGCCAAGUACUGGCGUUAGUAAUUCUGCUCCAACCCUAACCCCAGAUGACGGGGUGACCACUAAUGGCGAAGUUGCGGAGGCAACGGGAUAUAGUGAUCCAUAUGCGGAUCUCGGCAAAGUGCCUCCAAUUUGGGUGCCAGAUAAUAUGGCUGCCGGCUGCAUGCAGUGUCAUGCCAAAUUCACUAUGAUUAAGCGUCGUCACCAUUGUCGUGCCUGUGGGAAAGUGCUCUGCUCCGUUUGUUGUUCUCAAAAGUUCAAAUUGGAGUUCCUCAGCAAUACCGCCGAGUCGCGUGUAUGCUUACAAUGUUUUCUUAUACUUACACAAAGGCAACUGGGUGGUGGCGCUAUUGGCAAUGAGGUGGGCACAAGUGGAUUGAACGAUGAAGUCUUAGCAGCAGUUGUAAGUGCUAACUCAGAGUCUAACACAACAGCGGGCCAAGUACGCUCACCCAAUCCGAACAAUCCAAUGGAGUACUGCUCCACCAUUCCGCCAUACAGGCAGGUGAGCGCACAGAAUGUACAGCCACCAUCUGUUAUUGUGCCCGUUGGUGUGCUUAAAAAAGAAGGGAGUAGUUACUCAUCGAAUUCGUCGAAUGGCGGUGGUGAUGGCGGCAAGAAAGGUCGUAAACGGAAAAGUGUUAUGUUUAGUGAUGGUAUUGCACCCGGUAGCGACUUGGCUAGCAUGGAGCAUCAGUGGGCAGAUGCCAAGCAUGCGCGUCGUGGACCACAUCAACAUGGGGAUAAGUCACGAAAUAGCAGCGGUGUAGCAAAUAAACCACCGACGCCGGCGCGUUCUCAACCAAGUGGAUCUGGAGGUAAUAGUGAUGCAACGGCGAUUGGUUUGGUGGCAUCACUGUUUCGCGGUUCUAUACCACCACUGGCUGCAGCGGCAACAAUGACAGCUGUUCAGAAAGGGGAUGAAGGUUCUUCUAAAUUAGUAUCAAGUAAUUUGAAAAACUCCACGAGUGGUAGUAAGGCAACCGAUGCGGCUGCGGUUUUGCGGACAAAACGCUUACCACCAUCCGGUAGCGAUGAGAAUGGCUGCUUCAUUCCACAAGGUGACAACAACUCUUUGCCGCCAAUUUGUCUGCGGAAAGCUGAAAGCAAUUGUGAUUUUGACUAUAAAGAUGUUCUUAACAACCAAGAACUUGUUGCACGCUUAGAAAGCGAGACACUUAGAUUUGCGCUAGAAAAGAAUUUCUUUGUGGAUGUGAAAAUUUUAAAUCUGAAAUGUUGCAUGAAUCGAACUGUCAUCAACUUCACCACAUGUGGUAUGCAUCAUGUUGGCAAUGAUGAACUGAUUAUCUUAUUAGAAUUUGAACCACAAACAAAUACGUCCGUUAUCAAUAAAGACUCUGCGGCGACGGCACCAAUACCAAAAGAUAUUUUUGUUCACCUUUACGAGAUCUAUCGUGACGCUGAGUUGGGCAAUCCUAUCGCCGAACUGUCUUAUACCAGCCCCCGAUCGAGCAAUUUUCUAGGCACGCGGGACUAUGGCGGUUUCAUCUUUAUACGCGCCACGUUCCAAUGCUUACAAGGUGUUUUAGUGCCGGAGCAGCCCUUUCUUAUAGGCAUUCUUAUCCACCGCUAUGAAGUGCCAUGGGCCAAAGUAUUUCCACUACGUCUGAUGCUGCGACUGGGCGCACAGUAUCGAUACUAUCCCUGCCCACACAUCUCUAUACGCAAUCGAGAAUCGGUUUAUGCCGAAAUAGCGCAGACAAUAAUCAAUUUCCUAGCGGAUUUCCGAAAUUAUUCAUAUACGUUGCCCUGCAUCAAGGGCAUGUACAUACAUAUGGAAGACAGAAAGCCAACGGUAAUGAUACCACGCAAUCGUCAAGAUGACGUUAUUAAAGCAAUCAAAAACGCCAGUGAUCAUAUAUUAGCUUUUGGUGGGAAUUUUUCGAAAACAGCAGAUGGACAUUUGGUAUGCAUGCAAAAUGUUAAUGAUAUGGGCACUGAAAUGUACGCAUAUUCAACACAUGCCAUCAAUAUACACGGACAGCCGCGCAAAGUCACUGGCGCUAGUUUUUUUGUGCUGAAUGAGUCUCUAAAAAGUACGAGUGGUCUUACUGGGAAAUGCAGCAUCGUUGAAGAUGGUUUAAUGGUGCAAGUAUUGCCCAGUAAAAUGGAAGAAAUUCGAAAUUCGCUACAGAAUCAAAAAGAUGUUGAAAUAAUAUGCGGUCCGGUGGAUGCCGAUGAUCAGCAAACUGAGGUUGUGAGCAUCAAAUGGGUAGAGAAUGACCGAGAUUUUAAUGUUGGCGUAAAAUCACCUAUUGAUGAAAAAUCGAUGGAAGGAAUUUCCAGUAUGCGAGUACACGAUAGUUUUAACUAUGCGAAUGCUAACUACGCUAUACGGCUGACAGAUAUUUAUAUACUUAAAUAUGACGAGUGGUAUGUCUCUGCACAGUCUGCUUUAGCAGCCACUUCUAUGGACGUAACGCGCAUGGCAGGACAAAUUGCGCGCAGCGCAUGUGUUGCCCUAGUACCGUUUCUUGACCUACUCGUAGCGAGUGAUAGUCGGAAGUUAGCUUUACGUGCAACACUUCAUCAGGAGAAUGUCUGCUAUGAAGCUGGCACACGCGGCAAUAAGCUUCCUCCGCUUUAUAUGAACGCCUUGGACGACCAUCUAAUACCCACACUGCACGGCGAGUCGUCCGGCAUUGAGGAUGCAAUAAUUUUAGAGUUAGUUUUUUACAUUUUAAAUGUUUAGUCUAUUCUAUUCUAAAUGGGGAACAGUAAGUAAGUGAGUCAGUAUUACAAACUGUUAGUGGCAGCGUAUUACUGUGACUUUUCUAUUGCGUUAGUUUACAAUUUUGGCAAAGCGUAAAUUGUAACAAUAAUGAAUUGGUGUUUUGGUUAAUGGGUAAAAAAUAGCAAUUACGCGUUUACUUUGCUGUUACGCUCGCUUAACUAUGAUCAAUGUUUGCCAUUGGCGAAGCAAAUUGGCAACUAAAAUAUAUAUAUACAUAUAUACAACAGCCUGUGUAGUUAUAAAAUAUUGACGCUCAAUUAGAGAAGAUAUUUUGGAGUUGAGUUUAGUAUAUACAUACUGUAUAUGCUUAGUUUUCGCUUGAAAUAAGGCCGCUUUUAAAGAGUCCUGUGGAUAAACGGAACAAAUGCAUAUAUACUAACAUUCAUAUGUGUAUAUAAUAUAUAUGAGUAGUUAAGAUGGUUAUAGCUCUGUUGUAUGCAACUUGUUUUUAGUGUAAAGAGUAAAAUAUGUAAGCUUGUAACUAAAAAGAUUUACAACUAACGAAAUGUAUUCGCAUUUUA